CUUGUACUGGAAUGCAUUUGACUAUAUGGACCGCUUCUCCUACGAUCAAAGCCAUGUGUUUUUGGUUGUGGUGUAUGCGAAUUCAUCGGGCGGUUUUAUGUACAUGUUAUCGGUAAAAAUAAGUAUCAUGAAUGCUACUUGAGUUAUAAUUAUAUAGAUAUAUGCAUACGUACUGGUGGAUAGCAUCAGUACUUGGUUUCGUGGGUGGCGUACCAAUACUUUACAGUUCCUCUGUGCGGAUUGCUAUUCAUGUUCUUCCGUCCGUCGUUCAGAGAAUGGUUGAUGAGUUCGCCAUCAGUUCUGUACACACAUAUAAAAAUAAUUCUACUUAUUUGAUGCUCCGUCACUUACUUGGAUCAUUCCCACAACGUCGUCCAAUUCUUCGAUAUGCCUUGGAUACUUACUACGGUUGCCUUCAAUCGUCUUAUAUCUGUGGCUAUAAAGGUAGCUGUCAUACAUUGCGUUCCACGAACAACAAUCCAUAACUUAUACCUGCACGUACACUUUCUUGUGUGCUGAUCACUUGUUCACAAGGCGUUCGGUGUCUGCGUUAUUCGACGAACAGCACUAUAACAUAUACUACCGCACUACGUUGUCCAAUGAAAUCGCUUUAUUCAUUGCUUAUUUCGAUUAUGCGCCAGUUUCAACUUGUUUAAGUGCACCGUUCGCGGAAUCCCUUUU